GGUCACGUGACGGCGCUCAGCUGACAGCCGUGCGCGGCGGAUGGCGCCGGCCGGAGCGGGGAGGGCAGAGUGGGCCGCGGGCACGAUGAAUAGGGACCUGCAGGACGCGGCGGAGGCGGCACCGGUGUGGGAGCGUCCGUGGUCGCUGGAGGAGAUCCGUAAGGGCAGCCAGAGCUGGUCCUUGGCCUCGGACGCCGGGCUCCUGCACUUUCUACAAGAGUUCUCCCAACACACCAUUUCCAGGACUCAUGAAAUCACGAAGCAAGUAGAUGGAUUGAUUAAUGAAACAAAAGCCACCGACUGUCGCCUUCAUAAUGUCUUCAAUGACUUUCUUAUGCUGUCCAAUACACAGUUCAUAGAGAAUAGAGUGUAUGAUGAAGAAGUGGAAGAGCCCAUUCUCAAAACUGAUGCUGGAGACAAAACAGAGCAGGAAAAGACACGAGAACAGAAAGAAGCUGAUCUCAUCCCCAAAAUCCAAGAAGCAGUGAAUUAUGGGCUGCAAGUUCUGGACAGUGCAUUUGAACAGCUGGACAUCAAAGCAGGCAACUCUGACUCAGAAGAGGAAGAAAUUAAUGAGAGGAUGGAACUGAUACUUGAGCCAAAGGAUCUCUAUAUUGACAGGCCUUUACCUUACUUGAUUGGCUCCCAGCAGUUUAUGGAACAAGAUGAUGUUGGCCUUGGAGAUCUCUCUAGUGAAGAAGGAUCAGUAGAUAGCGAUCGUGGCAGUAUAAUUGAUAGUGAAGAGAAGGAGGAACAGGAAUUGGAUGAUGAAUUUGGAAACCACAGUGAAGAUGACCAAAAGAUGAGGACGACACAGAUGAGUGAUGAAGAUGAUUAUGAUGGCUGUGACCUCUUUGACUCUGAAAAAGAGGAAGAUGAGGGUGGAGAUUUAGAUGAAAGCACAAGGCCUAGAAAGAAGAGGCCAACAUCAUUUGCAGAUGAGCUGGCAGCCCGAAUCAAGGGAGAAGUACCGGUCAAACAGGAUAAAGAGUUUUCAUCCCUGUCACCAGAAACGAAAACAAGGAAAAUGCCAAAAGACAAGAAAGAAGUGAAAGUUCCCUCAGAUGAUGAUAUCUUCAAGCUUCCGAAGUUGACUGAUGAAGACUUCACACCCUUUGGGUCUAGGGGUGGCCUCUUCAGUGGUGGAACAGGUCUCUUUGAUGAUGAAGAGAAUGAUUUUUUUGCUGAAGCCCCAAAUGAUGAAGAAUCAAAAAAGAGAGAGGAGCAGGUUCCAGGAAGUGAAGGAAGAAGGGAUGUGUUUAGUUCCACUAUAACUGUGGAAAAAGACAACAAAUCUGUAGCACAGAGCACAGAGAAAACUCCUAAACAGCCCGGGAAAGUUGUUUUGUUUGAUGAUGAUGAUUUCUUUGGGACAGCAACUAAGAAUCCUGCAGAUUCAGUCAAGUCCACAGCUGACCUAUUCGAUGAUGAAGAAGAAGAAGGUGACUUAUUCAAGGAGAAACCUGCUGUUCCUCCUGUGAUUGCUGGCCUAGCUAAAAAAGCAGAAAGCUGGAGGGAGACAGUAAUGGAAAAAAAGAGUCAACCGUCUUCAGGUGAUGACUUUAAGCCUUUAUCUGAAAAGCCUCUAAGAAAGCAGAUGGACCUCUUCUCUGAUGAAAAGGAUUCUGAAGACUUGUUUCCAUCAAGCAAAACUGUGAAGUCCAAGGCUACAUGUCUUCCCACCAGCAUGGCCAUGCCAAAAGCUCUGCCUUCUUUGUUUGAUUAUGACGAAGAGGAUCUCUUUGGUGUGAUACCUGCUAAGAAGCAGCAAGAAAAAUCUCUGGAAGCAAAACAGUCAGAGCCACUCAAGAAAACCUCCAACUUAUUGUUCAGCAGUGAUGAGGAGGAACACUGGAAUGUCUCCAAGCCAGCCAGAUGUCCUUCUGAAAAUGGCCAAAAAGAGGACCAUGCAAAACCAACUAGCACUGUCAGUCAGGCUAAAGCUCUGAAGAAGACAAGCCUUUUUGAGGAAGAGGAAGAGGAAGAUUUAUUUGCAAUCACUAAAGAGAGCCAAAGAAAGCCACAGAAGGUGUCCUUGUUGUUUGAAGAUGAUGGUAUUAAUGGAGAAUCUCUCUUCAGCUCACAAUCAACACCACUUCCUUCAGCUGCAGUGGAGGAAGUAGGACCAGCACAAGCACCACCUUUCUUUCAUGAAGAAGAAAAGGAGGAAAAGGAAGAUAUGCUGGAUAGCACAGCGAAGUCUGUCCAGGUAGAAGAUACACUGUGGUCUUUAGAAAAGCCUGGAGCGCUUCCUUUGCCUAGAGAAACAGAUGUUGCUGGGCAGCAAAUAAAGGAAAAAUCUGUUGCAGCAAUAUCCUCAGAGCCAGACAGUAGCUCAGAUCUGUUUGCAACAUCACCACCAGCUCUGGAGAAAGAUGUCAAGACCCAAGAUAAGAAAGUGUUAAGCUUGUUUGAGGAGGAGGAAGAGGAGAGACUGGAAGAUUAUGAUGGCAUUAAAAAUACACAGAAAGAAAUUGGUGUGGCUGCUGAGAAAAGUACUCAGCCCAAAAGCACCAGAGUCUUUCAAGAUGAAGAGCUCCUCUUCAGUCACAAACUUCAGAAGGACAAUGAUCCAGAUGUUGACCUCUUUGCCAGCCCAAAGAAGUCAAUGUCUGCAAACCAUAUCCUGAACCCACCUGGAGGAGGAAUUUUUGGGGAUGAUGAUGAGGAUGACCUCUUCAGUACCACUAAAGCAAACCUUCCGAAAAUAGCCAAGAAGAAAACACUCAAGACUAAUACUGGCUCUUCCUUGGAGAACAGUAACCUUCCAGAAAAUGGUUUAAGUGCCAAAAAAGGUGAAGCUCUGAAGCCAGUAAUUACAGAGGCUAAACUAGUUACUAACCUGGAAACCUUACUACCGGGUGCAGUGCAUAAGGUCUCCAGUGUAAAGUCAUCCUUACCUGUUCUGGACACUCCACUGCAUGAGCACAAGGGUGUACAAAGCAGAGAAGCCUUCACAGAUGAAAGAAACAACAAAGAACUGGGAGUAAGCUUUGAUCUGCCUAUGCACGCGGAGACUUUGCACAGCACCAAUAAGAGCAGGAUCAAGGUUCCAGCCAAACGAAGGCCUCCCAGCAGAAUGGCUCGGCGUCUGGCUGCCCAAGAGUCUGAGGAGAGUGAGGAGGUGUACGGUGUUACAGAACCACAAAACUCUCUACCAAAACAGAAGUCAGCAGUAGUGAACAUAAAGGAACCUCUUACUACUGAGGCAGAGUCCAAGGAAAAUGGCUUUCCCUCUGGCUUGACUCUGCCAGCUCCUGGCAGUGUUCUGCCUGUUGGAACAAACUUGCUUCUUCCUCCAAAAUUCCCAGACCAAGGAAAUGAUCUGUUUGAAUCAGAAGACCUUUUUGAAAGCAAAUCAAUAUCCCAGGCACCUGCACAGUUGAAUUUAAAGGAGAAAAUGCCAGGGAGCGUGGCUGACAAACCCAUCAAGGGCAGGGAGAAAAAGCCUGAUCUGAGUGCUCUGGAUGAUCAGGACAGCAAUGAUCUCUUCAAGCCUGUGCAACAAAAAUCUUCAGCAAAAAGCAGCUCUAUGCCUUUUUUGGAGGAAGAAGAUGAUUCUGUCUUCACUGGUGAGAAAACUGGAAAACAGGAGUCAAAAUCUACUGUCCAACAAGUUGUUGACCCUACUACCCCAGAUAUCUUUGAGGAUGAUAUAUUUGCAGUUGAGGCAAUUAAGCCAACCAACAAAGCAAAAGAGAAGAUGCCAGAGCCUAACCUGUUUGACGAUAACAUUGAUAUUUUUGCAACUCUCACCAUAAAACCAAAAGAAAAGAAGAUUAAGAAAAAGGUGGACCAAAAAUCCAUAUUUGAUGAUGAUAUGGAUGAUAUCUUCUCUGGCAGCCAAGUCAAGAUACCUACUCCCAAAAGCAGAUCUUCCCAAGCAGCCUCAGAAGCAAAAUCUGAAAGCAAGACACUAAGCACAUUUGAUGACCCUCUGAAUGCCUUUGGAGGCCAGUAGCCAACAGGACUGUGCUGCAGAGAGGUGGCCUUCUUUAUACCUAUCCAGUACUAAUACCCUGGAUUCUCUAAUCCAGUAGAGCUGCAAUGAAAUGCUUUGCAUAUUUAAAUGAGAUUACACAUUUUAAAAGGUUAGUAUUCUCUUGUGCUGGGUCUCAUUGAGCUAAAUGAUAUAUUUUUAAAAAAUAAAAACAAUAACCCUCUGCUAUCUUGUUUCCAUGGUGCCCAGAUGACUGUAGCCUGUGCAAUACCUGCAAUGAAGUAAUCUAUUAUACAAAGUAUAGUUUGUUUUAUUAAAUAGAGAAAAUAAUUGAUAAAUAGUAAAUGGAGUAUGUUAAAUC